AUGAUUUAUCGCAGUAUUACUAGGCUAGGUGACCAGGUUUGCUCUGCACUGGCAACUUUGGGUGUACAUUUACGUUCAAACACUUUUGUAGCACAUCCUGGUGUUAUCGCUGUUACACAUUUAUUAGAAAUGAAACAACUGGUUGAACACCGGGCUAACUUUACUCAAGAGUCAAUUAAUGCCAUGUAUGAAUUUGAUGCAGAACUGGCUGAGCGUGCUCAAGUAGCUUUUGACCACAAACUACCCAUUAGUUGGUACAACCUUGACUAUAUAGACAAGGAGGGUUUCCUUGAGCAGUUGAUUGAUGAGAAGAAAACCAACGAAAAUAUUGCUAAUGAAAUUCUUGAAAUGGCACCUGGGAAAUAUGAAAUUCCCAAAUCGUUUGAUGACUACAAAAGACCAGCGCCCCCCGUAAAAUGGAGAAGUCAUGAAUUAGCAAUCACUCAGCAUAUGGUAGAAGCUGAACCUAGUAUAUUAAAGGAGAUUCAUAUUCAAAAUGAAAUGUCCAACUUUAUCAACAAUAAAUACAGUGAUAAGGUGAACAAUGCAAAUAAGAGUUUACCAAAUUCAUUAGUAUGA